AUUGCAGAGCCUCCGCCUCCACCCACACUUUCCGUGCAGCCCAAGCACCAGGAGUAUUUUGAAGGCGAGGCCAUCCGGUUCAUCUGCUCGGCUUAUCGAAACAUGACGGUGUUUCAAAACUUGACGGUGCAAGGUUAUCGAUUCUUCCGAGAAGAUGGACGGCAAAUCUUCGAAACAGCCCCCAAUGCUUAUAGACAGGGCAUAAUGGAUCUUCGGGCACAAAUGAAUGACACUGGAAGUUAUAGCUGUGCUUACUGGCUGGAGGAAGCAAGCCAGGAGGUUCAGCUGGCCCAAAGCCUUGCCACCCGCAUCCAAGUGAAGGAGGCCCCAUCAGCUCCAUCUCUGUCUGUGAAUUCCACAUCUUUCCACCUGGGAGACUCCAUCAGCCUGAAAUGCUCAGCUCCACCUGAAACUAAUAAAAUUACGCAGUUUCACUUAACUGGAGAAAAAAUGGGCAUCUUGGUCGUAUAUACACACAAGAGCAUCUACAGCUACAACCUAACCAUCAAGGAAGACAAGGAUGUGGGAAACUUCAGAUGUGCCUACAGUCAGCUUCUCUCUGGAAGAAAUGUACUUUCCAGGAGCAGCAAACCUAUCUUCAUCGAUGGGCUAGGUGUCAGAUGGGUUCGAAUGUUGGCUGUCGGGGGAUCUUUCUUCACCAUGAAUGGUCUCAUCUUCUUAAUCUCCCAUUGUCUUUCUUUAAAAUACAGAUCUCCUCUUCAGACGACUGAAAGAACCAUCUGACCAUGGUCUAUCUCCAUCAACUUCUAUGUGGCUGAAGUGUUGUUGAAUUGAAGGUUUUCAUCAGGUGGUUCAGCCAAUAUGUUACAUGUCCCCUUAAGGCACUGACAGAAUGUGAUGCCUUUCUCUCUUCAAAGAACCAAAAAAAAAAAAAAGUUAUUUCUGCAGUCUUGCCUUUUCAGCUGAGGUUAUCCUGUAGUUUGGAGUUUCUUAGAAGUAUAUAAAUAAGCUCCGCAAGAAGUUAUGACUUUUGCAAAUUGUUGCUGCUGCUGCUGUUUUAAAUAAAGCAGGGUUUUUCCCUUUCAA